CCGGAUGUGCCUCCAUUCCAAGCUCCCGUCGGCAGCAGCAGCGUCUCUUCGUCACUGCGGUGGUAAAGUGUCAGUUAGCUCCUUCAGUCCUGACCCAGCAGAGUCUCUGUAUGUCUGGAUAAACCUCUGAAUGGACUUCUAGAGGUUCUCCUUUGGUUCUGGAUGUUGUUCCUCGGACUCAUCUCCCGCUACAAAGACAUUGAAGUUAGCUUAGCAUGCUAACAGCGCUAGUCCCAGUUUAAAGGAGAGGAAACGGGCUUUGUGACGGACUUUGUGUGGAGAAAACGUUUCUGUCGUUGGGGGGAAAUGUCUAAAGUCCAAAUGCUGAGAUGUUUCGUCAACCAGCGACUCACUGCGGCUGCGCAGGAGAUAUGUGGGCUGUUUGAAAGAACGAUAGCAGAGUACGAGGAGGAACUUUGUAGUUCUCAAGAGGAGAACGAGCGACACCGGAAGCUACUGCACGCUGUGUUCAACCCGGAAGUCCGGUUACACCGAGCAGACCUCCAGCAGCUGCUGGUUCAAGAGGUUCCCCCUGAGCAGCAGGUCUGGAGCUCCAGUCUGGACCAGGAGGACCCAGAACCCCCCCACAUUGAAGUGGACCAGGAGGACCCAGAACCCCCCCACAUUGAAGUGGAACAGGAGGACCCAGAACCCCCCCACAUUGAAGUGGACCAGGAGGACCCAGAACCCCCACACAUUGAAGUGGAACAGGAGGACCCAGAACCCCCACACAUUGAAGUGGAACAGGAGGACCCAGAACCCCCACACAUUGAAGUGGAACAGGAGGACCCAGAACCCCCCCACAUUGAAGUGGACCAGGAGGACCCAGAACCCCCACACAUUGAAGUGGACCAGGAGGAGCCAGAACCCCCCCACAUUGAAGUGGACCAGGAGGACCCAGAACCCCCCCACAUUGAAGUGGACCAGGAGGACCCAGAACCCCCACACAUUGAAGUGGACCAGGAGGAGCCACAAAUUAAAGAGGACCCAGAACCCCCACACAUUGAAGAGGACCCAGAACCCCCACCCAUUGAAGUGGACCAGGAGGAGCCACAAAUUAAAGAGGACCCAGAACCCCCACACAUUGAAGAGGACCAGGAGGACCCAGAACCCCCACCCAUUGAAGUGAAACAAGAGGACCCACAAAUUAAAGAGGACCCAGACCCCCCACACAUUGAAGAGGACCAGGAGGACCCAGAACCCCCCCACAUUGAAGUGGACCAGGGGGACCCAGAACCCCCACACAUUGAAGAGGACCAGGAGGACCCAGAACCCCCCCACAUUGAAGUGGACCAGGGGGACCCAGAACCCCCCCACAUUGAAGUGGACCAGGGGGACCCAGAACCCCCCCACAUUGAAGAGGACCAGGUGGACCCAGAGCCCCCCCACCUUAAAGAGGAACAGGAGGACCUCUGGACCAAUCAGGAGGGAGAGCAGCUUGAAGGUCUGGCGGAGGCUGGUAUCAGGUUCUCAUUAACUCUUGUGAAGAGUGAAGAUGAGGAAGAAGAGGAUCAGUCCUCUCAUCUUCAUCAAAGACUAACUGAACACAUGGAAACAGAAGCUGUUGUAGAGGACUGUGGAGGACCAGAACCAGACAGGAAGUCGGGUCCAGAUAGACCUCCAGAAACUGGAGACUCCAGUGAGACUGAUGUCAGUGACGACUGGAUCGAGACCAGAGAACCUCAGUCAGGUCUGAACUCUCUGACUCAUGAAGAAGAAGUUCAUGUCAGUGAUUCAAAAUGUAUUUCUGGUGAGAAACCACUCGGCUGCUCCGAAUGUGGGAAACGAUUUCCCCUCAAAGGAGAUCUGAAGAAGCACAUGAGCCGGCUCCACUGUCCCGUCUGCAGGAAGUCGUUCCAGCACAGAGGAAGUGUCCAGAGACACAUGAGGUCACACGCCGGGGAGAAACCCUUCAGCUGCCUGGACUGUGGGAAAGGUUUCAUUUGCAGUGGCGGUUUGAGGAGGCGCAUGCGGGCUCACGCGGGGGGGGCGGCGCUGUUCAACUGCGCCGACUGCAAACGGUACUCCACAUGGAGAGGACAUCUCCAGAGACACAUGUCCACUCACGCCGGAGGGAAACCCUUCUGCUGCCCCGAGUGUGAUGAGGCCUUCCUGUGCCAUUGGCAGCUGAAGGUGCACAUGGUGAGUCACACAGGAGAGAGCGCCCUCUAGUGGUUCUGGUUCGGACUCCCUCACUUAAACCAGCCCUUCAGAUCCUGGACAUCCUUCUCAGGGAGUCACUUCCAACCUGCUGGACUCUGUCCCUUCGUCCCGGGGUCGCUCGUUUCUUUUAGAUUUGUUUUUUGUUGACAACGUUAUGUUAAAGAUUAAUAAACUUUUCUAUUUUUAAAGAG